GGAAGCUGAAGCCUCGUCGGCGCAAGUCUAAAUCACCGCCGUCCGACCAGACCGCGGCUGCAGAUUCUACUGCGGCUACGACCGAGUCUCACAGCCAACCUUUGCGCGAACGGUCGAAUUCCAUGAGCUCCCAGUCGAGCGACAUCUCUUUUGACGGGUUGCAGCAUAUUUUGGAGACGUCAAUGGCUUCUAUAGGGCUUACUUCGCUACCAAAAUAUAGUCCUCGAGUUGGCCCUAAGCACCGUCGACCAGGUUCGCGCUCGUCCUUCCAUCGCACAGCUUCUUCGGAUACCGACUAUGUUGAUGGCGACGCUAUCGUUCCCAGCUGCGAUGCUUGGCUGGAUAAUUCCAAGACUAUGAGCUACACUGGAGGUAGCGCCAGCGCAGAGGAUGUUUCAGUCAAGGUUGAAAAAGAGAAAGAGGCAUGGACUACUUUCAAGAAUGAGAUCCUACGGAUAGCUCACACUUUAAGGCUCAAGGGCUGGCGCCGUAUCCCCCUUGGCAGCGGCGAGGCCAUGGCGGUUGAGCGACUGAGCGGCGCUUUGACGAACGCUGUAUAUGUCGUCACUCCACCGGCUGGGAUCCCGCAGCUCGAGGGCAGGAAGCCCCCGACAAAAGUCUUGCUUCGAGUGUACGGACCGCAAGUGGAGCACCUCAUUGACCGAGAGAAUGAGUUGCAAGUGUUGCAGCGACUUGCGCGUAAGAAGAUUGGUCCACGCCUGCUAGGAACCUUCAAGAAUGGUCGUUUUGAGCAGUUUUUCAAUGCCAUUACGCUUACCCCGCUGAACCUACGAGAGCCGGAAACCUCGAGACAGAUUGCGAAGCGUAUGAGAGAGCUGCACGAGGGAAUUGAAGUGCUGCUGCAUGAGAGGGAGAAUGGCGCUUCUGUGUGGAAGAACUGGGACCAGUGGCUGGAUAAUGUCGGCCGCAUCACCAGUUUCUUGGAUAAGGAGUUGGACAACACCCCCGAAGGAGAGAGGAGAAACUCUGCCGCCCAUGCUUGGAAAGCCAAUGGUUACGUGUGCGGAGUGCCCUGGGAGCAGUUUAAAGAUGUGGUAAUGAAGUACAGGGCUUAUUUGAACGGCUGCUACAAGGACAAGAGGGCUCUCAAGGACCGACUUGUCUUUGCGCACAACGAUACUCAAUACGGCAAUAUUCUCAGGAUCCGGCCCGAUGAUGAAAAGUCACCGCUCCUUCAACCUGCCAACAAGCACAAACAACUUGUCGUCAUCGAUUUUGAGUAUGCAGGUCCCAACACAGCUGGGCACGAAUUUGCCAACCAUUUCACGGAAUGGAUGUACAACUACCACGACCCUGUGGCCCCUUUUGCUUGCCACGCAGACCGUUACCCGACUCUAGAAGAGCAGAAGCGAUUUAUCAGGGCAUACGUGGACCAUCGCCCUCAGUUCCCGCUGGCCAGUUCGACACCUCGCAUGACUCCUGUUGACAGCGGCGCUGCUAGUGGUGCAGCCACUCCAUCUCUUCAGCCGACGGCGUCUAGCAGCUCCAUUGUUGACUUCAUGCUCGACGCUCGCUACCCCGGUGGCGAUUGGGGCGCGGUCGAAAAGGCGCGCGAGGAGCAGAUCGACCAGCAGGUACGAGAACUCAUUGACGAGGCGCGACUGUGGCAGCCGGCAAACAGCGCUCAGUGGAUUGCCUGGGGUAUCGUGCAGGCCAAGGUGCCAGGCCUUGACGGAAAUCCCGCCGAUGAGGAGCCCGGCGCGGAUGAGUUCGACUACUUGAGCUAUGCUCAGGAUCGGGCCAUGUUUUUCUGGGGAGACUGUGUGCAGCUGGGAUUGGUCAAGUUGGAGGAUCUGCCGGAGGGGCUGCAAGCAAAGAUCAAGCUUGUGAAGUAUUAAGCGAGUUUUGUUUUUGUUUCUUUUUUUUCUGGGUAGAUCUAGUGUGCAGUGUAUAUUGGAAUCAUGAGCGAGGCUUUCUUUUUCUUUUCUGACAUGUAUCAUUAGAUACUUGUGAAUUUGACUGGUAGCGAUAUGCGGCGGUCUUCUUUCUUUUUUAUGUGUUUUGUGAGUAUUUCGAGGCUGGCUUACUGCAGCGUUUGAGUUU